AUGAAGUACCUUCCAGUCCGCGACCUUGAAGUCGUCGCCAGCGCACUGAAUUUCGAAACUCCCGAUUGUCAUAUUGUCGGCGGAUGCGAUCUCUACACUACAAAGGCGGCGGGCAGCGAUAAGAAACUCUACAAGACGAUCGAGAACUCGCUUGAGUCGCAAUAUGAGUCACUUUUGCGCCUGUCGGCCUCGCUGUCCCCCCCAGAAGCCGCGUCGCUCGCCGAGUCAAUGAAUCUCGCUCGGUCGAGUCCGUUCGGUCCGCUGAGCCAGAUAUCGAGCCGCCGCACCUUUGCCUAUCUUAUCGCGACGCUCAACGCCAGCCACCCGGACUACGACUUCUCCCACACCCUCCGCCCGACCGAUUUCCGCAAAGAGCGCAGCGUGCGCUCUGCCAUGAACACCAUCGACACCACACUCUACAACCUGCGCCCGCGGCCGUCUGCAGCCAUCCUCGCCGUCCCCUACCAAUGGGGCAGCGGGGCUAUCGCACCGGGCGCGCAGACGCCCAACGGCAGCCAGACGUGGGGCCCGCGCAUGUGGCAGCUGAUCGACAAUGAGAUGUCCCUGAAAGACUGCGAAAUCUACUGCUACACGCCCGAUGAGGACCCCUUCUACGGCGACGACGGCUCCAUCUGGAGCCUCAAUUACUUCGUCUUCAACAAGUCCAAGAAGCGCGUCCUGUACCUCUACCUCCGCGGCCUCAGCGCCAUCUCGCAGUCGCCGACGGCGCUCGUCGCCAAGCGCAAGCACUCGCAGCGCGGCGGCGGAGCGAGCAGCGUGGGCGCGGGGGCCCGCAAGCGCGCGCGGUACUGGCUGGGCGACCGCGCCGAAGACAAGGACUUUGAGGACGGAGGGUGGGGCGAGGACGACGACGAGUACCUGGUGGUCGAGGAGGAGUCGAGCGAGGAUGACGAUCUGGACGUCGAUUUCCACGCGCUGGUAAGCAUGCCACCGCCGCCGCCUAACGUGCAGGUCGACGCCGCCACAACCACCCGCGACGACAGCGGCGCUACCGCGAAGGAGAAAGGGGACUCGUCGGCGAGCGCGAGCGAGGGCGACUCCGAGGAGGAGGAAGAGGAGCCGAGCGAUGUGGAGAUGUCGCGCGAGCGGUCCAAGAGCACCGUGAGGGCUGUCAGCGAGCAGAUCGCCGACUCGAUGGAGGUUUAA